UGGAAAUUUGUCCGCACUCUUCACUUCUCUCCGCGAGACGCGCCGGCGCCUCCUCGCAAAGCCGCCGUCUCUCAUCUUCCCCCUCUCAAGCGGAUCCCUGAGCAGGCCCUCGCCGACCCCCGCUAGAACUGGACAACACGAGCGCGCAAGAUCUCGAUCCGAGGCUGCCGUUGCGACUCCGAGCGCUGUCGGCCUCUCUCCCUCUCUGUGAGCGGCGCCUCCCGGUCAUCCCUCUUCUGUGAGCCACGCGCGAUACUUCCUUGCUUCUUCAUCGGCAAACUACAAGCCCCAUCGCCAUCGAUUUCUUGCGUCAAGUUCAUUGAGCUUCUGCUUUCCCUUUCCCGCAGUGUGCGCAGCAACACCUCUUCCUUGGUUUGUUUGGUACGAGCAGCAAGUUGGGGGGUGUUCUGCUCCCUUCGCGUCGCUUACCAAUCGACGAGAAGCGGCCACAAUGAGUUCAGCAUCGAGCUUCUCCUUCUGCCCCUACUUUGAGCCUGUCUAAAACCCUCAUCUUAUCAAAUUUAUCUCGGCAUUGGGAAAAGUUCUGCGACAACAAUGCACCUUCGAACUUCAGCAUCAACAUCUGCAAGACUAUACUUUUCUGAAAUAUUUAGGCACGAGGAAUUUUCCAGUUUUCAGAUUUUCUGUAUGCUAAUAUGCUAAAUUUUAAGAAUGGCUUCUGAUCAUCCAUGUUCAAAGAAUGAAAAAUCUUCAAACAAACACCGGUGGCUUCAAUUGGAUGUGCACCCUUGUAGGCCAAAUUCAAAAUCUCACCAUAAUGCGGCUUCCAAAGCUCAUACAAAAGGUUGUGCACAUUGUGAGACAAGACCGCCCAUCCAAGGGGCAAGCACUUCCAAGUUUUUGUCAGUAGUUUCCACGUUCUGGGAAUAUGUUGAAAAUCCAGCUGUAUUACACAAGGAUGAGGACUUGAAAAUAUGUGAUUUUUUUCAGAAAGAGAAUAUCACAUGUGGGUCUGACCAAAGAAGAUCCAAACCAGCAGGUUCUAGAAUCACAAACCUAACUAAUAGACUCGAGUCUAAAAUAUCUUCAGCAUCACCACUUAGAUCAAGCUUUGAGAAAUUGAAAAAUAUCAAGAAACAACUAACUUUUCCAUCUUACAAGGGAUAUGCAGAUAAACCUUUUGUCUGGAGGCAUGCAUCAUUAGCUGGUUACCAUCCUCUUUUAGACUAUGAUAGGGUGCUUAGGAGAGUGACUUCUAAUGUGCAAGACAACCCAUGUGAAAAUAUAUAUGAUAAAUCUGCUGUGGAUAAUCUGAAAGUUGUUAACGGGUCUGUUAGCACUAGCAGGAAAGCUCCAUUUCAAAUAUCUUCUAUUGAUGCUAAAGGAAAUGCUGCUACUGAUGGGGGUUAUGAUCCUCGUGACAAGUCCAUGAAUGUAAUAGGAAAGGAUUUGCAAAUUCUUGUUUCUCUAUAUACAACAGAUUCACUUAAACAAAUGGAGACUAUAAAAGAGACAAUUGUGGGAUUUAGAAAGCAUGAUUCUUAUCGUCAUUUUGUGUAUAAUUUUGAUUUUGUAACCCUGACUGAUUGCAAGCAUGAUCAAUGUCAACAAGCUUUGUCAGUGACAUCUUCAUUUGCCGAGAAUUAUGGGGAACUUCGCACCUCCAAGGAUUGCAAUAUCCACAAAAGUUAUACUAGCUCAUCUCCAGAUUUACUUUUUGAAGAACAAUGUUCACAAAAUAAUUGGUUCAAGCUGCAGGAUAAACUCCAAAUGGUACUUAUGAAAAAUAAACAUGCAAUAGCUGGAGCAUUGGCUGGAACCACAGUUAGUCUUUGCCUUCAUCCAAUUGAUACAAUUAAGACUAUCAUUCAGGCUGAUGGUAUUAGUCAAAAGUCAAUUUAUUGCACCUUCAGAAAAAUCAUUUUAGAAAAAGGCAUACAAGGGCUUUAUCGAGGGAUUGCUACGAAUAUUGCUUCCUCUGCACCAAUUUCUGCAAUUUAUACCUUCACAUAUGAAUCAGUUAAGGGAGGUCUAUUACCUAUUCUACCAAAGGAAUACCACUCCAUUGCUCACUGCUUUGCAGGUGCUUGCUCAAGCCUAGCAACUUCUGUUGUCUUCACUCCUAGUGAACGGAUAAAGCAACAGAUGCAAGUUGGUUUACAAUAUCAGAACUGCUGGAAUGCCUUCAUUGCAUGUAAAAAAAGGGGUGGGGUGCUUUCAUUGUAUGCUGGAUGGACUGCAGUUCUCUGUAGGAACAUUCCACACUCCAUUAUUAAGUUUUACGCGUAUGAAAGUUUGAAGCAAAGCUUUUUGAACUCGGCAAAGCCUGUUUCAGGUCUCAAUACCUCACAAACUCUAUUAUGUGGUGGUAUUGCGGGAUGUACUGCAGCCCUUUUUACAACACCCUUUGAUGUGAUCAAGACUAAAUUGCAGACACAAGUUCCUGGAACUCGGGGGAAAUACAAUGGAGUUUUCCAUGCUCUGCAAGAGAUUACCAGGCAAGAAGGUUUGAAAGGACUUCACAGGGGCUUGACUCCAAGAUUGGCUAUCUAUAUGUCUCAGGGAGCCAUCUUCUUUGCAUCAUACGAGUUUCUCAAAUCAAUUUUCGAUAUGACAGUCAAGUCACCUGUUCAGUCUAUUCAUAACAAACAAAUUGCCAAUAGUUCCACGUCAUCAGAAAUGAGCAAACUACAUUCUUAAAGCCAAACUUCAUGGUCUGUCAACUAUCCAGGCAUAGUGUAGUUUUUGGUGAACGAAGGAAUUUUGUUUCCGGCGAGCCAAGGAAUCCUUAUUUAUUUGGAACACAAGUCGCUGAGCAGAUUUUUGGAAACUGUGUUGUUUUCACGGCCGGAGAUUCAGAAUAUUGCCACAAUCGGAGCUCUUUGUUUUGAUGUUCUUCUCCAUCUGCUUUAACAUUAUCCUUUCCCCUAUGGCAUGUAUAUUGCCAUUUCAUUCUUCAAGAGUGGCCAGUUCUGUUUCUCUGCAUGCCUAACUCAACUGGAGUGUAAGAGAAUGCAAUCAGUCCUUGGCAUGAGAUGGAACAACAUUUUUCCGGCAUUGUUAAUAGUAAUGCCAGUUUUCAAAUUUACAAAUUCAUUAUACAUUUUGAGAAAACAGUGUUUUUUUAUUUAUUUGUUUUGUUUUCUUGUUCCAUCUCCUGUCAAAUUGGAAAAUUAUGAUGUACAUGAAUUUUAUUUCCAUGUUGCAAAUAAAGAGCAUUUUAUCA